GGCCGCCAUCUUGCUUCGGCGAGCAGUGACUGCACGGCCAACAUUUGGAACAUAUGCGGUGAUCCGCGCCUUAUGGCUACCCUUCGAGGCCACACUCAAGAAGUGUCCAAGGUAUGCUUCAGCCCGGGCGGUCACCUGAUCCUGACGGCGUCUGAGGACUCCACGGCGAGGCUCUGGCAAGUGGACUCGGGCGAGUGCAGCCAACUGCUGCGAGGACACUCGGACGAGGUGUUCUCCUGCGCCUUCAACUACAACGGUGACGUCAUUGUCACCGCGUCUAAGGAUAACACCUGUUGUAUCUGGAAGAGUCAUCGCUGAACUAUAGUGAGGUCCACGUUAUAAUGGCAGUGUUUGGUUGAUAUUGCUAUCCUUGUCUAUCUUUCAACAACGCCUAUAGCACUAUCUCUUUCUCGCUUUGCUCUGUUGCCAGAUCGUCUG